CGUCCAGCAGCAAGCUCCGCGCCAUCCUCGUCGUCCGCGCCGUCCAGCAGCAGCUCUGCGUCGUAUUCGUCGUAUGCGCCGUCCAGCAGCAGCUGCGCGCCGUCCUCGUCGUCUGCGCCGUAUUCGUCGUCCGCGCCGUCCAGCAGCAGCUCCGCGCCGUCCUAGUCGUCCGCGCCGUCCAGCAGCAGCUCCGCGCCGUCCUCGUAGUCCGCGCCGUCCAGCAGCAGCUAUGCGCCGUCUUCGUCGUCCGCGCCGUCCAGCAGCAGCUCCGCGCCGUCCUCGUCGUCUGCCCCGUCUUCGUCGUCCGCGCCGUCCAGCAGCAGCUCCGCGCCAUCCUCGUCGUCCGCGCCGUCCAGCAGCAGCUCCGCGCCGUCCUCGUCGUCCGCGCCGUCCAGCAGCAGCUCUGCGCCGUCCUCGUCGUCCGCGCCGUCCAGCAGCAGCUCUGCACCGUCCUCGUCGUCCGCGCCGUCCAGCAGCAGCUCUGCGCCGUCUUCGUCGUCCGCGCCGUCCAGCAGCAGCUCCGCGCCUUCCUCGUCGUCUGCACCGUCCAGCAGCAGCUCUGCGCCGUCCUCGUCGUCUGCGCCGUCCAGCAGCAGCUCCGCGCCGUCCUCGUCGUCCGCGCCGUCCAGCAGCAGCUCUGCGCCGUCUUCGUCGUCUGCGCCUUCCAGCAGCAGCUCUGCGCCGUCCUCGUCGUCUGCGCCGUCCAGCAGCAGCUCUGCGUCGUCUUCGUCGUCUGCGCCGUCCAGCAGCAGCUCCGCGCCAUCCUCGUCGUCCGCGCCGUCCAGCAGCAGCUCCGCGCCGUCCUCGUCGUCCGCGCCGUCCAGCAGCAGCUCUGCGCCGUCCUCGUCGUCUGCGCCGUCCAGCAGCAGCUCCGCGCCGUCCUCGUCGUCCGCGCCGUCCAGCAGCAGCUCUGCGUCGUCUUCGUCGUCUGCGCCGUCCAGCAGCAGCUCCGCGCCAUCCUCGUCGUCCGCGCCGUCCAGCAGCAGCUCCGCGCCGUCCUCGUCGUCUGCGCCGUCCAGCAGCAGCUCCGCGCCGUCCUCGUCGUCCGCGCCGUCCAGCAGCAGCUCCGCGCCAUCCUCGUCGUCCGCGCCGUCUUCGUCGUCCGCGCCGUCCAGCAGCAGCUCUGCGCCGUCCUCGUCGUCUGCGCCGUCCAGCAGCAGCUCUGCGCCGUCCUCGUCGUCCGCGCCGUCCAGCAGCAGCUCUGCGCCGUCCUCGUCGUCCGCGCCGUCCAGCAGCAGCUCUGCGCCGUCCUCGUCGUCUGCGCCGUCCAGCAGCAGCUCCGCGCCGUCCUCGUCGUCUGCGCCGUCCAGCAGCAGCUCUGCGCCGUCUUCGUCGUCUGCCCCGUCUUCGUCGUCCGCGCCGUCCAGCAGCAGCUCCGCGCCGUCCUCGUCGUCUGCGCCGUCCAGCAGCAGCUCCGCGCCGUCCUCGUCGUCUGCCCCGUCUUCGUCGUCCGCGCCGUCCAGCAGCAGCUCUGCGCCGUCCUCGUCGUCUGCGCCGUCCAGCAGCAGCUCUGCGCCGUCCUCGUCGUCCGCGCCGUCCAGCAGCAGCUCUGCGCCGUCCUCGUCGUCUGCGCCGUCCAGCAGCAGCUCCGCGCCGUCCUCGUCGUCUGCGCCGUCCAGCAGCAGCUCUGCGCCGUCCUCGUCGUCCGCGCCGUCCAGCAGCAGCUCUGCGCCGUCCUCGUCGUCUGCGCCGUCCAGCAGCAGCUCCGCGCCGUCCUCGUCGUCUGCGCCGUCCAGCAGCAGCUCCGCGCCGUCCUCGUCGUCUGCGCCGUCCAGCAGCAGCUCUGCGCCGUCUUCGUCGUCUGCGCCGUCCAGCAGCAGCUCUGCGCCGUCCUCGUCGUCUGCGCCGUCCAGCAGCAGCUCUGCGCCGUCCUCGUCGUCCGCGCCGUCCAGCAGCAGCUCCGCGCCGUCCUCGUCGUCCGCGCCGUCCAGCAGCAGCUCUGCGUCGUCCUCGUCGUCUGCGCCGUCCAGCAGCAGCUCUGCACCGUCCUCGUCGUCCGCGCCGUCCAGCAGCAGCUCUGCGCCGUCUUCGUCGUCCGCGCCGUCCAGCAGCAGCUCCGCGCCUUCCUCGUCGUCUGCACCGUCCAGCAGCAGCUCUGCGCCGUCCUCGUCGUCUGCGCCGUCCAGCAGCAGCUCCGCGCCGUCCUCGUCGUCCGCGCCGUCCAGCAGCAGCUCUGCGCCGUCUUCGUCGUCUGCGCCUUCCAGCAGCAGCUCUGCGCCGUCCUCGUCGUCUGCGCCGUCCAGCAGCAGCUCUGCGUCGUCUUCGUCGUCUGCGCCGUCCAGCAGCAGCUCCGCGCCAUCCUCGUCGUCCGCGCCGUCCAGCAGCAGCUCCGCGCCGUCUUCGUCGUCUGCGCCUUCCAGCAGCAGCUCUGCGCCGUCCUCGUCGUCUGCGCCGUCCAGCAGCAGCUCUGCGUCGUCUUCGUCGUCUGCGCCGUCCAGCAGCAGCUCCGCGCCAUCCUCGUCGUCCGCGCCGUCCAGCAGCAGCUCCGCGCCGUCCUCGUCGUCCGCGCCGUCCAGCAGCAGCUCUGCGCCGUCCUCGUCGUCUGCGCCGUCCAGCAGCAGCUCCGCGCCGUCCUCGUCGUCCGCGCCGUCCAGCAGCAGCUCUGCGUCGUCUUCGUCGUCUGCGCCGUCCAGCAGCAGCUCCGCGCCAUCCUCGUCGUCCGCGCCGUCCAGCAGCAGCUCCGCGCCGUCCUCGUCGUCUGCCCCGUCUUCGUCGUCCGCGCCGUCCAGCAGCAGCUCUGCGCCGUCCUCGUCGUCUGCGCCGUCCAGCAGCAGCUCCGCGCCGUCCUCGUCGUCCGCGCCGUCCAGCAGCAGCUCUGCGCCGUCCUCGUCGUCUGCGCCGUCCAGCAGCAGCUCUGCGCCGUCCUCGUCGUCUGCGCCGUCCAGCAGCAGCUCUGCGCCGUCCUCGUCGUCUGCGCCGUCCAGCAGCAGCUCUGCGCCGUCCUCGUCGUCUGCACCGUCCAGCAGCAGCUCUGCGCCGUCCUCGUCGUCUGCGCCGUCCAGCAGCAGCUCUGCGCCGUCCUCGUCGUCUGCACCGUCCAGCAGCAGCUCUGCGCCGUCCUCGUCGUCUGCACCGUCCAGCAGCAGCUCCGCGCCGUCCUCGUCGUCUGCACCGUCCAGCAGCAGCUCUGCGCCGUCCUCGUCGUCUGCGCCGUCCAGCAGCAGCUCCGCGCCGUCUUCGUCGUCUGCGCCGUCCAGCAGCAGCUCUGCGCCGUCUUCGUCGUCUGCGCCGUCCAGCAGCAGCUCUGCGCCGUCCUCGUCGUCUGCACCGUCCAGCAGCAGCUCUGCGCCGUCCUCGUCGUCUGCGCCGUCCAGCAGCAGCUCCGCGCCGUCCUCGUCGUCUGCACCGUCCAGCAGCAGCUCUGCGCCGUCCUCGUCGUCUGCGCCGUCCAGCAGCAGCUCCGCGCCGUCUU